AUGGGGGCUGCCUCCUUCGACGCCACCCUCGUCGUCGUCAACAACAGCAACUUGGACGUCGUCGUCGCCCACGGCCACUUCGAUCUCGGCGGUGACGUCAUCGACCGACAUCUGAUGGACUACGCAAGAAAAAUCGUCCGGGAAUCCAUAGAAAUCGACCCCUUUUCCGAUUUCCAUUUCAAAGAACAACUUCGAAUGACUUGUCAACAUGCCAAACACGUCCUUUCCAUUGCCGACCAGGCCAAGAUACCCUUCCAGUGCAAAGGAAAGUCCUUAGAAAUCCCAUUCCCCGACUUUUCGUCUCAAGACUCCCCGUCCUACGGUAAGAUCCGAGAAGCCAUCGAUAGAAGCAUAGCCAUCACGGAGAAAAUACUCGAAACGGCUUUUCGGAUCGGAAUCCAACAGAACCAGAUCCGAAUCCUCCUUUUGGGAGGGACGUCAAGGAUCCCGAUGAUCCGAAAGAAAUUGGAAGUCUUCUCUGUCGCCAUCAACUGCCAGCUGUCGCCAGAUACGGCCGUCGCGGAGGGAGCAGCCAGAUUCGGUCAGGGAUUGGCCGUGGAGCGCGUUUACUGCUUGAAUAACAGACCGCAUUGA